UCAACAAUGUUUACGCAACGAAUUGUGAUAAUGUUUCCAGUGUCGGGUUUCUUUACGUAUAAAUAAAUCAUGUAUUUAUUUGCGGCUUUGCACUUAAUAAUUAGUUCUAGUCUGUUGUUAUUUGUUUUAUCAUUUAAUGAAACAGAACAAAAUGACAUUUUUCAACUUUUUUCUGAUUACAUCCGGCGUUUCAAUAAAAGUUAUGAAUUUGGAACAAUGGAAUUCAAGAAGCGAGAAUCAAUUUUCGAACAAACCUUGAGGAGAAUAGAAUGGCUGAACAAACAUAGAAAUUCUUCUCUGGAUGCUUUAUAUGGAAUAAAUCAGUUUUCUGAUUUAACUCCUGAAGAAUUCAAAAAAAUCACUCAUCUUAAAAAAUUUAAUACCACUGCAAAGAAAGCUUAUCCAUUGCAAAAGAAAUUAAUGACUAGUCAAAAUCCAAUUAGAGAUCUGCCGAAGAAAGUUGAUUGGAGGGAAAAGAAUAUUAUCACCCCAGUAAACAAUCAAGAUUCUUGUGGUGCUUGUUGGGCAUUCAGUUCUGUAGAAACUAUUGAAGCAAUGUAUGCUCUUAAAACAGGAGUGUUGGAACAGUGGAGUGUCCAGCAAGUUAUUGAUUGUGCAGCUGCCCCCAAUAGAGGUUGUGGAGGUGGUGAUACAUGCCUUACUGUUGAAUGGCUGUAUGAAAGUGGUGCAAAAAUUGUUCUAGCACAAGACUACCCUUUCACUGGGGAAACAGGAGACUGCAAAACUGUUCAGUCUGAAAAGACUGUCAGCAUUGCUAAGAAUUUUACAUGUGACAGCUUUGUAGGAGAGGAAUACCUUAUGCUUCUUCAUCUUGCUCAUCAUGGACCACUAAUUGCAGCUGUUGAUGCAACUGGAUGGCAAGACUACUUAGGUGGAAUAAUUCAGUUUAAUUGUGACAAUGAACGAAAUCAUGCAGUUCAGAUUGUUGGCUAUGACUUGACUGGUGAAAUUCCAUAUUACAUCGUCAGAAACUCUUGGGGGAUAGAAUUUGGUAAUGAUGGAUAUCUUAAUAUCGUAAUUGGGAAGAAUAUGUGUCGUAUUGCUGAAGAAGUUUCAGCUGUGGAUGUGAUUUAAUUCACGAUUCAAAGGAUUUGGAAUUAGUCUAUUUUCUUUAUUUAUUUUGCUAAAUUAUUGAUUGAUUUCAUAUUUAUUAUUCACAUAGCUACUUAAUUUUUAUUUUUGUUAAUGUGUUUUUAUAGAUUUUGAAUUUUAUUUUUGUAAAGGUUUUACAAAUCAGUUAUUUUGUUAGUUUUUUAGAAAUCAGAAUUUUUUUUUUUUUUUUUUUUAAAUUUUGUUGGCAGCAUUUGCUAAUUUAAAAAUUUUAUGUUAAUCUAUGCUCCAUAUCAGAGUUAGCAGACUCAAACAAUUUUGUACAAUUAUUUACUCUAGCUUGCAUUUUUGCAUUUUUUUUUAGAGUUUAUAUUGAUGAAAAUGAAAUUAAUUUUGUUUUAUAAUAACAAUUUAUAUAUAAAUUGCUUUUUUAUAUC